AGGCUGGCUAGCUGGGCGGGCCUUGUUCAGGAGGUAGGCCUAGAGGCGGAUCCAGGCAGUUUUACUUCCUGAGCCCCUGCUGCCAGCAGCAGAACCAACACGGUGCCUUGCUGCCUGCUUCUCGGAUCAGCAUGGGCUCACAUGCUCUGCCCCAUGGUCCCAUGCAGACCCUCAUCUUCUUGGACCUAGAAGCCACUGGCCUGCCUUUCUCUCAGCCCAAGGUCACAGAGCUGUGCCUGCUGGCUGUCCACAGAUAUGCCCUGGAAAACACCUCCAUCUCUGGGGGGCAGCCACCGCCAGUGCCCAAACCACCUCGUGUGGUGGACAAGCUCUCUCUAUGCAUUGCUCCAGGGAAAGCUUGUAGCCCUGCAGCCAGUGAGAUCACAGGUCUUAACACAGCUGAGCUGGAAAUCAAUGGGCGUCAAUGCUUCGACGACAACUUGGCCAACCUGCUCCAUGCCUUCCUGCAGCGCCAGCCACAGCCCUGCUGCCUUGUGGCACACAAUGGUGACCGCUAUGACUUUCCCCUGCUCCAGGCAGAGCUUGCUAUGCUGAGCAUUGGCAGUCCUCUAGAUGGUACUUUCUGUGUGGAUAGCAUUGCUGCCCUAAAGGCCUUGGAACGAUCUAGCAGCCCCUCCGAGCAUGGUCCGAGGAAAAGCUACAGCCUGGGAAGCAUCUACACCCGCCUGUAUGGGCAAGCACCAACAGACUCACACACUGCUGAAGGCGACGUUCUAGCCUUGCUCAGCAUCUGUCAGUGGAAGCCACGGGCCCUGUUGCAGUGGGUGGAUAAACAUGCCCGGCCCUUUAGCACCAUCAAGCCCAUGUAUGAUACUGCAACUACUGCUGGAACAACCAACCCAAGACCAUAUGCUGCCACGGCCACUACAUCCCUGGCCACAACCAACACAAGUCCCAGCCAUGGCAGGAGCAGGCAACGCAAGAGUCUUCCUCCGGCAAAGGUCCCAGAAGCCCCAUCACAGGAGCUUCUGGCCCCACUGGGCCUGCUGGCCUGUCUGACCUUGGCAGUAGCCAUGCUGUAUGGACUCUUCUUGGCCUCCCCUGGGCAGUAAGUCAAGAAGGAAAUCUGAUUAAUAAAGACCUCU